GUAUAUUCCUGAUCAUAGGUUUAUGGUCGGAGGGUACUUACAGUACCAACAUUAUCAAGAGGAUUUACCACCUUCACCACAGUAUUCGUAUUUUCAACAUUUCGAUCCCUACUACAAAAGCUCAAUGGACAUUUCGGAAGAACUAAUGUUUCCACCUUCACCAAUUAGUACACAGAGCGACAGUGAUAAUUCUAUAUCAAGCGUGGAAAUAUCCUCAAAACAAAUCCAAAACCAAGACAAAUCAGAUGUGCAAUGCCGCUGGAAGAACUGCGGUAUAUCGUUUUUAACUCUGGAUCAGUUGGCAACACACGUUACCAAAGUGCAUGCAGUUGGAGGACCUGGAGGUCUUUUCUACUGCGGAUGGGAGGGCUGUGGGAGAAACAAUAGGGGAUUUAACGCAAGGUAUAAAAUGUUGGUUCAUGUUCGCACACAUACAAACGAAAAACCUCACAAAUGUCCUCAAUGUGAAAAAUCAUUUUCACGCGCAGAAAAUCUCAAAAUCCAUUCUAGAUCUCAUAGCGGUGAAAAACCUUACGUAUGCACUGUGCCAGGUUGCAACAAAGCCUACUCAAACUCCAGUGAUAGAUUUAAACACUCUAGAACCCACCAGGUGGACAAACCCUAUUAUUGCAAAGUCCCUGGUUGCUCGAAGCGAUACACAGACCCGAGCAGUUUGAGGAAACAUGUUAAGACCUACAAACACUUUGUAAACGAAAACGUUAAUAAUGAAAAAACUCAAGAAUUGCCUGUGAAAGAAGUACAAACAAAUAAAGACCGCCUACAAUCAUCUCCUGUGGAAACAGAAGAAAACAUAUUGAGACCCCAAUUAUGUAACUGUAACCGGUCUUGCUGUAUAUCGAGCUGCCUCAAUUCUACUAACGAUUAUUUAAGUUUGGGGACAAUUAUUAACCUAAGGAAAGAAGAUAAAAGUAUUACAUGGAAUAGAUUUUUUAAUCCGUUCAUAUCCGAACCAAAAAGUAUAUAUAAACCGUAUGUGGACGGUACUGCAGAAGUAAUGGAGGUUGACGUGCCUUUAGAUCUUAGUGUACAUCGGAAACAAAUUUAA